AUGGAGCAUCCGCCCAAAGAACCAUGGUUGGGGAAGUUUCGGUCGUCGGAGACGUUUAUAGUUCUCGUGGUGUCGAUCGCUAUCUUCACGGAUGUAUUCAUCUACGGCAUGAUUGUUCCGAUUAUUCCUGUUGCGCUGGUUGAACGUGCUGGUACUCGUCCGGAAGAUGGUAUGGCAUACCAAUUCUACCCCUGCCCCUGUAAUGCUGCUAACCAGGCAUCAAUAACAGCACAAUCAUGGGUAUCGAUAUUGUUGGCUGUAUAUGGAGGAAGUCUACUCUUGGGAUCGCCAUUGUUUGGGUACUUUGCCGAUAAUUGUCGAAUGAGGAGACUGCCCUUCGUUGUCGGAUUAAUUGCCCUGGGCGCAUCAACCACCUUAUUCGUUCUGGCGUCCUCAAUGACAGUCCUGAUUAUCGCACGUGGAUUGCAGGGUCUCUCUGCGGCUGCGGUGUGGGUCGUCGGACUUGCUAUCGUCGCAGACAACGUCCCGCCGGAGCGCGUCGGUGAAGCAAUGGGUCAUACCACUAUUGCGCUGACAUGGGGCUUUGUGCUUGGGCCUAUGAUUGGCGGUAUCAUGUAUGAAAAGCUGGGUUUUGAAGGGACAUUUACAAUUCCCGCCGGAUUGAUUUGUUUGGAUGUCGCUUUGCGCUUUGCUAUGAUUGAAAGGCCUGGGAUACCCAAACAAGACAAAGCGAAUCUCUUUGAACAAGAAACCAAUCAUCCCCAUGGCUACAGCACAUUCGGCUGCCCCACCGAGAUCAACUCGGCCUCGACAUGUCGCGACAUGCACAGCGAGCGUGCUCCCCUUCUCCCAACGGCACCCUUUGUUGAUCAAUGGCUGGAUACGAAUCAAAGAAACGCCACCAUUAUUGAUCUUCUGAAAUCUCCCCGCUUGCCCCUUGCAUUAGCCUCGACCGUGAUUAUGGCGGUCACGUUCGCUGCUCUGGAGACCACCCUCCCACUAUAUGUUAUGGAGACAUUCGGCUGGUCAUCCAGCGGCGCCGGCCUAAUUCUCGUCGCCUCUUCAGUGCCAAGCUUCGCGGGCGUCUAUAUCGGGAGAGCAAUCCCACGAGUCGGCAUUCGCGCUCUCGGUACAGCGGCCUUCCUACUAGCAUCAGGCUCCUGGGUCUUGAUGCGCUUCGUCGAAACCUAUUCGACAGGCCACGUCAUCCUGAUGAUUAUACUCCUGCUCCUCCUCGGCUUAUCAAUCGUAACAAUCGAGAUUGUCGCCAUGACGGAAGUAUUUCAGGUAAUUGAGGACUUUGAGUUAGAGUUCCCCGGGGCGUUUGGUGAGAAAAGCCCCGUUGCACAGUCUUAUGCGCUUUUCAAUAUGGCGUUUGCGGGCGGACAGUUGCUUGGACCUAUCUUAGCGGGUGGCGUGCGCGUUCAUGCGGGCUGGGGUGUUAUGACUCUUGUUAUCGGGGCUUUGUGUGCUGCUACGGCUUUUCCACUUGCACUGUUUGGGGCUGUGAAAGGAAAUGCUGGAGUAGUCGAGUCUGGAGCUGAGGCUUGA